CAAUGGAAAAAUAAUUUGUAUAUUAUGAAAGUCCAGAAGGCAAGCUAUUGAAAUUAUGAAGAAAAUUUAGAGGCUUCAUUUCAUUCGUACUCUGUCUUUUCGUAGCAAAUACGAAUGGAUCUCAGGGCUCUUCUAUUUUUGGAGAAUAAGUGCUGUUACGCAUAUUGUGCAUUUGCAUUAUCGCAUGAAUGUGAAGUACCGAAAUAAGAGGAGAUGUUGUAUAAGAAAGAACUAUCUUUAUGGGAAAGUUCUUCAGGUUUCAACGAGAAUCUUGACUUAGUCUUUCUCAUUGCGCCGAAUAAAUAAUUCGUGAUGUAAUUUUUCCUGUUGCUAUCAGAAAUGAGAGAAAACUAUGAGUUAAUGAUCAAAUCCAAAUGAGUGAUACUUUCUAUCGCCCUAAAAGAAUUUUUUCUACUCUUUUGUAACCAUGCUAAAUGCUUUCCUUUCGUUUGAUCUUCGAACUCACUUGCAUGACUUGACUUGAAUGAGAUUUCAUAUAAGAUUUGUUUAAAUAAAAAAAGCAAUUUUUCCACAUAUUGUUUCCAUGCCAGAAAGCCUUUUUGAUAUACAUAUUGCAAGGAUAUCUUGCGGCGAUUUCUACUGUUACAGAAAUGCAUGCUGUAGAAAAGACUGGAUUUUCUCAUCCUGCGGAGAACGCACAAUAAAGGGUAUUGCAACCGGGAAAUUAAUUGAAAUGAAUGUGAAAAUGCGUGGUUUAUUACCUCAAUAGUAAAUGAAGUAAAGAAUUUAGAAUUCAUAUAAUGAGCUCAUCAGUUGUAUCAGUCUGUGACAUUCCAGAGGGAACGUUCUCCUUACCUGGUGUAGGAUGCAUUGACUUUAGACAGACUUUAGACAAAUCAGUGCCAAAGGUGUACUUACAUGUGGAUUUAUAUGGAGGCCAUUUGAGUAUUGUAGAGAAAGAGUACGGUCAAACUUGGGCACGCUUCAUUGCAAUUGCCAGAGACUGCCAUGAACAAAAUGUCGAACUGAUAAAAAACCAACAAGGUUUUCUUCUCAGGGUGACAAGAGCUAUUAAAAUUUCAGAUGAACUGUUCGUUUGGAUUGGAACUGAUUUACUAUCAGAGCUAGAAUUUCCUUUCUUAAAGCCAGUAAAUAUUAAAGGUUACCAGUCUUAUCACUGUCAUAAAUGUGGCUUUAUUUCUCCAAAUCCAAACCCAUUAAAAAUUCACUUAUUUCUCAAUUGUGAUACAUCCAAAUUAUUUCCACCUACAGAACGACCAGAAACUUAUAAUAUAAGUCACCAUUUAUCGUUAAACUUUUCCGACACACCUGGACCUUUCAUAGGCAGUGCAAGAGCGCAGAAGAUCAACGAAGCAGUGGCGCCUUUGCAGUUUACCUCUAGUCAUUUGCCGAGCUCAGCACUAUAUUCUACCUUCCCUGACAAGAAUGUACAAAAUGUCUAUGAAUUUGUAACUCUUAACGCAAAUAUUAAUACUUCCAGCCAGGACCUAAAACUGGAAUUUCCUCAGAAUUCAUUGAAUACGUUUUCCAAACGUUGGACCCCGAAAUCACUGAGCUGCUCUGGACCAGGUCACAUUUGUGCUUAUUGUGGAAAAGUUUACUCACGUAAAUAUGGAUUAAAAAUUCAUGUUCGUACUCAUACUGGAUAUAAACCGUUGAAGUGCAAGUACUGUUUUCGCCCAUUUAGUGAUCCAAGCAAUCUAAACAAGCAUGUAAGACUACACACAGAAUCUGGAACUCCGUACAGUUGCACAAAAUGCGGCAAAGUGCUAGUGCGAAGAAGAGACUUGCAACGGCACCUCAAAUCCAGACAUUCAAUGGAUUCAUUUAAUAACGUGAAGCAACAAAAUGUUUUAACAACGGAGAAAAAAUAGAGCAAACCCAGCUGAAUGCAAAUAAAU